UUUCUCUUCCCAACAGAAUGCGCAAACGUUUUUUCACGUUGUAUAUUUUUCUGAUAUCUCUACUGUGCGUUGCGCACAGUAAGAAUGACGUUUGGUACAAAAAGCACAAAAGACGACAGACAUCUAACGAAUUUGAUAUCCUGAUAUUUACUCAGCGAUGGCCGCUGACGGCUUGUUUUGUGUGGAAAGAGAAUUCGGCGGAUCAUACGUGCUCGUUACCGAAACACGACGAAUGGACUAUUCACGGAAUUUGGCCGACGAAAUAUCACACGUUAGGCCCGCAAUACUGUAACAAAUCGUUACCAUUCAACACGGACGCUAUUGCGCCCUUGGAAAGUCAAUUGAAGGAAAACUGGCUCGAUAUUCAGAACGGGUCAGAUCCGUACGCGUUUUGGAAACACGAGUGGAACAAGCACGGCACGUGUGCGAUUUCGGUGAAAGGUAUAAGCAACGAAUUCGACUACUUCAAAGAAGGUCUGGACUUACUGCAGACCUACAAUAUGAUAGACGUGCUCGCAAAGGCGAAUGUUCUACCGGGCGAGAAAUACGCGGUGGACCAAAUAAUGGCAGCGGUUGAAAAGAUAUUGGGAAAAACGAGUCAAGUAAUGUGCGCGAAAGACAGAAAAACGGGCGAGUCUUACGUGCUUGAGAUAAGGAUUUGUUUUGACAAAACAUUGCGACUGACUGACUGCAAUGGCGUUUAUGAAUUUCCCACUAAUUGUGACCGAACCGAACCGAUAAUCUAUCCGAGUUACGUGCCGCAUCGCUACAGUGUACAACAGACAUAAAUGGAGUAUACAAUUAAAUCAUUGCAUAUAUAUGUAAGCUAGACGAAAGUAUGUCAAACAGUUUUAAAUUUAUGUAUAUCACAAGCACAAGACACACAAGUUCAGGACUGCGUUGUCAUUAGAAUUCACUGAGUUUUUAUAAAAUCAGAGAAUAAAGUAAUAUUCGGUUUUUUUAGCUCUCUUUUGCAAUCGUGUUAAAAUAUCUAACAUAUCUAACAUAUUUAAAGUAAACCAUGAAAACACGUAUACAUACAUACAUAUAUAUAUUUUAUAUCUCAAAUCUGUAAAACACAAAGAGAAAAUGAUAUCAAUUUUAAAUUCUCAAAUUUGUUUCGCCAUUAAUUAUCUGAAUUUUUAAUAUCGCUUUAGUAAAAACACUUUACAACGAAACCAGAAAGUUUACAUAUCAUACACACGGAGCUUAUUGUAUUUAUGUAAUAAAGAAUAUUAUUGUUAGAGAGAGAGAAAGAGAGAGAGAGAGA